ACAUAUCUACAUACGUACUUACAUAUACAUACAUACACCAUACCCUUCCUAAUCUUUUAUCUGACUUACGCUUUACCCACUUGAGCUCCCCGCGCAACCCAACGCAAAGGCGACAGACAUUCCACAGACAUUCAACGUUCACUCAAUACUAGGCGACACAAUCCUUUUCCGUGCUUCAUGUCUAGAUGACAUCUUACGGAAAUAUCACGACAACGUCGACGACAAUCGAAUAAUUCAUUACUAUAUCCACCGUGGCUACCUAGCAAGCAACUUCUUCGUGGGGGGUGCUGCUAGUCGUGCUGGGGUGAUAAAAAAAAGAGGCGGCGCAUUUGCGAAUAUCUUCAUAUGCACCCAUUAUGACGUCCUUGUCCAUGCAGCGAUCACUCUCGUCGCCCGUUUCUGUGUCCCCGACCGCUACCCGUCCCCCUUCGCGGUCCCCGACUCCUUCUCCCGAAACCCGACCGGAACCCUCGCGCCCGCGGCGAUUUCGAUCGCGAAGCCCUUCUAAACUUUCGAGUGGUCACCGACGGCGAGAGUCGUCAGGCUCCGUCCGCAAAAUCGGUGGCGAUGAAUCAUCUCGUGAUGCAGCUUCAAAGCAGCAGUCCAGCGCCAAUACGAGCGCCGGCGCGAGUGCGCUUAAGAAGCCGGUGAUAGACCAAGCCGUAGGCCCGCCGAAGCCCCCUCCGUCUCCGUCCCCGGCCUCAAGUCCUCCCGUUCCGUCUAGCCCAUUACAACCUAUUUUGAAGGACCAGGAUGAUUCCGGUCCCUUUCCGCGACAACUACUAGCCGAUGUAUCCCUAUAUACCAAUCCCCAUCUGACUGUCGAGAAUGAAGGUACUACUCUGGAAGAGCUCGCUCAUUUGGUACGGCUGUCUAAGUACCAAGAGCGCAAGUGCGCCAACACUCGCAUUCGUCUUCAGAGAAGUUUGAUUUCUACUGCGCUCUCGGCGCGGUUAACUCGUUGUGGAGAAACCUCAUUGCGCAACCUGGCUGAUAGUUUCCGAAACGACGACAAGAGAGCCUUUGCUAAUCUUUUUGGUGCCAUUCAUGAUGUUCGGAAUAGUUGCGACGCCACCCGUCGCUAUGCCCUUUUGGAGCCAGAGAUGGAGUCCUUGCAAUCUUCAGGACUUGCCUCGGCCGAAACCUUGGUACCUCCUCCAAGCACUACAGGAAGCAUUGGUCCUGGUACUUCUGUGACUCCUUUCCUCAAUGAUAUUUCUGCUUCCGCCAGGGAAGCCUUCCUGAGUUUUCUGACCCAAAUCCGGACCAAUCCGGAUUAUCUAGCUACGCGGCUCUGCGCCCUGAAUACCUCAGAACUCCAAGCUCUUACUACAUUUCAUCAAGGAUUGGAACCGAUAGAAUCCGUUUUACCGUACCACGGCCGUGCUGGUGGACGUGGACAUUCUAGCGGUCCGAGUAGACAAUCAGGACAAACUCCCAAUGCCGUUGAGCGGCUUCUUUCUUUCCAACGCCACGAUCCUCUUUCUGCUCUCAUAUACACCUGCUUUGCUAACUCGGCCGGCCCAGACAGUGCGGAAGACAAACGCAGAACAGGUAUUUGGGCCACUGCUUUUGCUCGUUUGAUCUCCACCAAGUCCACCAGUGAGCCGGUCUUGAUCUCCAUCCUCAAUGCUUGGUCUGCUAUGCGUGAUUGGUCUGGACGAGCCAAUAUGGAAUGGUACUUGAUGAAAAUACUCGAGGACGGCGCGUUCCUGCUCGACCGAGCUGAGGACCAGAAUGGAACGCGGUUUAAUCUUUCCGACUGGACUACCAAGGAUAGCAUUGCUGCCGAGGAGUUCUAUGAACGUGCCGUGAACGAUCUCUUUGCCAUUAUUGAUGACGAGGAUGCAACCGGCAUCCCGGAAGGCGUCAUCGAACUUGGGAACGAGAUUCUCCGUCGGUUGGAAAUGAAAGACAGCACACGCAACCUUGUUGAUACCACAAGGAGAUGGUUUGUAUACAAAUGGCUUUUUUCUAGUUGGUUACUUGCUGUUGUGAUCCACCCAGAAAGUUAUGGAAUGAUGGCUGAGUAUCAUAUUACCGAAUACGGACGCCAAAAGAUUCUCAAGCAGGUCGCUACGCUUGCUCAGCAUUAUGUCGUUGAGAUGCUCGCAAGUGGGAACCCCCAAAAGCCUGUUUCUACACCUCUGAAGAUCAAAGGUCAUGUUGAAAACAUUAUGGCUCGUUUCAAACCAUCAGGAAGCCAGAGAACCGGCAGACUCCUCCCAGCUAGGUCUAUCACAUCCCUGAGGGAGACUGUUGAGGUCCACCCAUAUUUGGUGGUCAGCCCAGCCGACAUUGUUACUCUGAUCAAUGCCCUUUACCCCGAGCGCAGGCCCCAAUCUGCUCACUCAAGUAGUAUCCGGUCCGGCGCGCCGUCGAUAUCUGGCUUUUCUGCUAUUUCUCAGCCUAUAUCUAUCGGCACGUCAAGGAGUAACUUUGAAACUGCCUCUGUCCUUAGUAUGAGCACUUCGUCCGUUUUCAGCGAUGGAACCACAUCAGGUGAACCUCUGCUUGAAGAUCAAGUAGCCGGUACACCCCAGAGGCGCUCGCCGCCUGUCCCGGAUGGCUCGAGACAGAAACAUACCAACAAUUACGAAGAGGAUGGGUACCGUCUCCGAUUGGCGAUGCAUGAGAUGAAUCAGAUCUUAGGCCCCGAAGUCAUCUCUGGUUCAUGUCACCCCUGUGCCGAACGCUGGGCUAUCGUGUUUAUUUCCGCUGAUGGAAGUAGCCUUUCUUUGCAGAUGACAUAUGAUCCCGAUGAUGACGCCGAGGAGGAAAAUUCAUCUACCACUAGCGACACUGAGGAUGAGGAGCCUGAUGAGAAACCCGAACUUGAUAAGGAUUAUCACCAGCUUCGCGACUCAGUUUUGAAACUCGUCGAAGAUUUCGAGAUCCCUCAAGGCCUUGAGGAUCAUGGUACCAAGACGACGUUCAGUAACCGAGCUUCUGGUUUAAAGAAGUAUCGAUCCAAGAAUAAGAUCAUAACGCCAGGGACGUCGAUGGGCAGCCGCAAUCCUUUUCGUAGUAAAUAUGAGGAAGAGCAGAAGUCGAAGCGGAACGCCGAGGAAACUGCCCGCAAUUCUGAAGGUAAAGACCAAGCAAGCGAAUCUGGAUCUUCGUCGGUUUUGAUCACAAUGCUUGCCGCUGCCUCGUCACAAUCACGCAUCCAGUCCGACUUUGUAUCCGCACACCUCUACUGGAAAACUCUUCAGCAACUGAAUGCUCUCUCUUCCCCAUCACUACGUAAGAAUGGUUUUGCAACUCUCCUCAAUAUUUUCUCUCGCGGUCCUCGUGAUUCGAUUAGACGCUCGGCUUCGGCAAUCGAGGAGUACGACGCCUGGCUUGUUUGGCUGAAACAGAGCCAAGAACGCCACGAAGGCCUCAUCGAGACCAUGAUGAAACGUCUGAAAGCGUUGAGGGAUAAGAUGUGGUAUGUGACGGAUGUUCAUAACUCAGCUCCUUAUGAACAGACUCGGAACAUAUGCAGCGCACUGAAGAUAAUGGGCGUACCGAGGAAAUGGGGCACAUUUCAACGGAACAGAGCUCAAUUGGCUCGAGGGCCUGCUGCUGCUUAUAUAUACCGAAACGAAUCUCAGAUGUUGGACCUAUUGGCUGCUAGCGAAGACCAAGGAGGACCGAACAAGCUCAGCGACGCUCAAGCCGAGAUAACUAGUAAGUGGCUAGAAUCACUCGGCAUCCAAAAUAUGUGUUCAGGAGAAGAGCGUAUACAUCGGUUUUGUUGCGAGGUCGACAGUUGUGUACAAAAACUGGUCGGCGAAAACAUCGUGGACGGCCCUGUGCUUUGGUCCAGUGAAUUGUACUCUAGGGAUCGCAAGGCGUUUGAAGGUUCCCGAGUCGGUCGAGGAGAUAGGGAGAGCGUGUGGGGUGACGAUGCUGCUAGUGUCAUUAGCAGCGAACAUGACCGGCGAUACGCUUCUCCGACUCGUCGUCCUCCUUCGGUGGCUCGGGACCUGAGAAACAUGUCUGCAUAUAACACGAGCCAGGUCUCCAUCGAUUCACACCGUCGGUAUAGCUUCUCGAGAGCCAGCACUGCAAUGUCUGAUACCUUCGAUACGCAUGAUUAUUUCGGAGCUUCCUCUCCUAUUCAUGCUAUCGAUUCAACAUCGACGUUCUGGUCUCCUUUUCAAUCCACAAUGUCUACUGUCAGCUCAGCAACAUCGCGUGCACAAUCACCGACAACAAGCGUCACCAAUUUAUCGAGCACCACUUAUUCUCAUCCGAACCACCAGCCGUUACCAUCUCAUCAUUCUGCUUCACGGUCUGGCGCGUCUGUGUCUUCGAAUGAGACCGUCCAUCUUCGUCGUCUUUCAGAAGGGAAGCAACGAUUCCUUGCUGAUCUCCGCCAGACUCUUACUAGUCUUCUGCUGUCUGAACUUGGUAACCUUGUGUUUGCAUCCGGUUCCGAAACUGAUGGUUGGUUUGGAAAUCUGGGACAAGAAUGUAUUGAACGUCGAGACACCGAGGAACGGAAAGCGCGGCGACCUUCUGGAAGGAGAGAACGCACAAGCAAGAGCUCUGCCAAGCAGAGAGUAAUCGAGAAGAGGAAGAGUUUUGGCAACCUUCGACAAGCUGGGGAGAACUCCAGAGCGGAUUUGAAUACCGAUAGGCCUGAUAGCGCUUCUGGCCCGAGCAAUGAUAGUUCCGCUACAAGCGACACAGUCUCAGCUCGCGGAAAGUCCUCCAAGAAGAAAGACACACCAGACUUCCCCUAUACCAAAGCCUACCAGAGGCUGUUAGGGAUGUUUGCUGUUCAUCCCAACCCAUACACCAAACUCAGUGCUCUCCUCGAAUUAGAGCGUCUCAUAGCUGCCUCUUUGUCCAACGGUGGACGUCGGUCUCGAGCAUUACGGCACCAGUCCGUAAAUAUCGAUGAAGACAGUAACACACUAGGCAAAGCCGAGUCCAACGAGUCUGGUACCGAUAGCCUUAGGGAACGGCGAUCGCAGCCAUUCCAAUCACAUAUGCUUUCUCUUCAGCCUCGCCCCGCUAAAAGUGCCGACGCGCGGUCUAUCGUUUCCGUGAAAGAAGCUGCAAACACGGACGCAAUCGCUAAAAUAUUGCGAUCGCUCUUCAAAGACGCGGGUAUUCGGCCGAAAACGCUUUUCCGUGAUCUCCAGUUUAUUAAUUCGUUUGUUUCUCCCGCCACCCUUGAUACGGAUCGCAAUAAGGCCUUCUGGGAUGUGGUAGUCGUAGCAUUGUCGUUGAAGCAAGACGUAAUCAUGACAAUGGUUGAGGUCGCGGAUGAGAUCUUGAACUUCUAUACUCCUUCAAGGAAACGUUCCGGGGGUAGCGACGAUUCACCGGAAAUGUUGCGUCAACCGCCGAUCCAUUCUCUUCGUGAUGCAGCAAAGAUGUGGACGAUCGCGGCGAAGGAGGGCAACGCGACGGCGCAGCGGGAGUUGGGGCUUUUCAACCUUAGCAACCCCGAGCUCGUAGAGAGAAGCACACUACCAUUGUCGAAACCACGCGACGUAUUUAAACAAGCCGUCAUGGAGAAAUUCGGGCCCCGAUCUGGAAGCAUGCGUCCUUCCGCUGACCGGAGCCGAAGCAGCCUAAGUGCGGCGGGACCGGCCUCUUCAGGCAUGCAGGAUACGGAUGACGUGAGGAGCGACCCGACUCUCAUGUGUGUUGCUAUUCACUGGAUGAAGGAAGCCGAACGUGGCGGGGACGAGUUGGCCAGGACGUUCCUCGGCCAAAACGAGAUGAUGGGGCUCUGAUGAAUGUUACGCUGACGUUUGUUGCUACACCCUGCUGCCCGUCUUACGUUAUUUAUCAUCUGUUUGCACCUACGGAUUAUUUGUCAAGCGUUAUUCUGGCUAAGGAAGCGAGAUACAGGUUCACAUGUUUAACAUCUUUUGCGGUCAUCA